ACACGGGUUUGCCAAUUCUGCCCGAUGUAGCACUGCUGCCGCGAGCUUCAGUUUCUUGUAAAGUCCGUCCGGGUAACCACCAGCAGCUAGGAACGGGGGAAGGAGGAACGGGAGCCCUCUCGUCCCCGUCGAUUUCAAAUGCGGCGGCGUCAGCAGGCAUCCAUCUUCUCCCGCGAUGCCCUCCCCGCGCGCCUCCCGCUCGCUGUCUACGCCGGCGGCGCUGGGCGGCGCCGACGGGGCGGGGGAAGGUGAUUCGGCCCAGCGCAGGGCGCGAGAGGCGGAGGAGCUACUUCGCGAAGCGCUCCGUCGGCAGUCGGAGCGUCCCCAGCCGCCCGAUCGCGGCCUCCCGGCGUCGUCGACCCAUCGGUGCGAUCGCCACCCGGAUGAGUCGUGCGUCGCCCACGCCGUCGGCAACCUCUGCCAGAGCUUCCUCCUCUCCUAUGGCGUUAGGGUCGGAGUGGGGAUCCUGCUCCGCGCCUUCAAGCUUGCGCGGCGUCAUUCCUACUCCUCCCUACUCGAUUUGAAGCAACUCGUGUCUGAGAAAGACUUGAUAGUAAGAGAGGAAGCAUGCCGCAUUGGGUUGCUUUUUGGUGGAUUCACGGGCUCCUACCAUGCUCUUAGAUGUUUGCUUAGGAGAAUGAGGAAAAAAGAGCGACCUUCUAAUGCGGUUUUAGCAGGAAUGGUUGCUGGUUUAUCAGUUCUAGCAUUAGAUGACUCUAGUCGAAGGCGCACUCUUGCACUUUAUCUUCUAGCUAGGCUUUCACAGUGUGCAUAUAAUUCAGCUAAAUCAAAUAAUAAAUUUCACUUUUGGGGAAGUCAAUGGGGGCACGGUGAUUCUUUGCUAUUUGCUUUAGCUUGCAGCCAGGUGAUGUAUGCCUUUGUGAUGCGGCCAGAGAGCCUACCUAAGGCUUAUCAAGAUUUUAUUCAGAAAACAGGUCCAGUUGCAGAGCCUGUGUACAAGGCUGUCCGUGAAUGUUGUCGCGGAGGUCCUGUUGACGUUGUAUCUCUCUCAGCUUUCUUGUCUAGGAGGAAGGAAUUUGGCUCCAUAAAAUUAGAACAAUAUCCUUCUAUAAUUCCAUGUUCAAUCAUUCAUCCAGGCACAAAUUCAUGCCUUGUUCAAAACGUGAAUGCAGUGUCGGCAACUUUUAGAAAAACAUUUCCACUAUACUUCUCAUUGACAUUUGUACCAUUUGUCGUCCUUCAUCUACAGAGAUUCAUGCAAUCACCUGCUCUUACCUGCUGGAAUGCUGUCAAAGCUGCCAUCCGCUCCACCACAUUUAUAUCAGCAUUUGUGGGAAUUUUUCAGGCCGCUAUAUGCUUCCACAGGAAUGUAUCAUCAAAAGAUCACAAACUUGUGUAUUGGCUUGCUGGAGGGAUGGCUGGAGCAUCUGUACUUUUUGAGAAGAAAAAUAGGCGAGCUGAACUGGCAUUAUAUGUUCUUCCACGAGCUGGAGAUUCAUUAUGGAAUAUCUUAGUAAAUCGUCGUCUGCUGCCAAACGUAAAAAAUGCUGAGGUGGCUUUGUUCUGCCUGUGCAUGGGAGGCAUCAUGUACUACCUAGAGUAUGAGCCAGACACCAUGGCACCGUUUCUCAGGGGCCUCAUUCGCCGGUUUCUGGCCAGCAGAAUAAGCAACCCGGAUCCUCCUUCCAGCCAGGAGACAAUGUACCCUUACAUACAGCCUGAUGGCUCCCUUGGAAAUGAGUCGGAAUCAAAGGAAAAACUUGACAAAGGAACAGCGGCUACGGGAGAGAAGUACAAUCUGGAAGCAAUCCCUGGCCUCUAGGUCAAAUCCUUCCUGGUCUACAUUCCAUGAAAUUUUUCUUACAUAUAAUCUGCCUGGGUUGUAGCUUGCAGACCAAAGGCUGGAUGCUAUUUCCCAAAGUUUUAUGCUUGUAACUAGGGAUACUUGUGGCUGCAAUAAUUUGAAUGAAAGAAAGGGGAAUCAAGGGCAGAGCCCCAUAUGUGGGUAGUUGCCUACUCA